AACUCAUUUUAUUUUUCCUUCGUGGAGUCUUUCGUGGGGAACAUGGGAAUCCUCAACGAUCAAUUAAUAAAUUGAAGGACAUUCAGUGAUCGUUAGACCUUAUUUUAAGGUAAAAUUUUCAUUCAUCGACGGGGAAAAUUUUCUAUUUAUACGAAUGGAAAUUAUCGAAGGAGUGCUGACCUCUGAAAAAAUUCGUGUUGUUCUUCCUGAGAGAUUGUGAAGUUCAGAAGAGGUCAUCGUAAAGGCGAUAUUUUCGCCCGAGUCAGUUAAGCAAUAAUUUCUCACGAAUCAUUAAUCACUUUGUCAAUAAAAAAGAAUCCCCAGAAUGAACGUGAUAAAUCGGCGAUUUCCCGCUUUCAAUUCGUAAUGAGAAUUUCAAUGUUUAUUCCGUGUCUCAGCGUUCGUUAGGAAUCACUUGAAUUUUGCUGUCAACAUAUAAACAUCCUUGACAUCAAAAAUUCGGGGAUAGAAUGAUUACUCGCCAGUGGCUCGUGCCUUUUCUCCUGAUAAUUGCGCCUGGGACGUCAGGAUUUACUCUGAGAGACGUCGACAUUACGAAUUGGAAUUAUGGAAAAGACUCUGUAGACUUGAUAGAGGGAAUCCCUGGAUCCCUGGAUCCAUCAUCUCCAGUAGUUGGUCGUCUCAGGCGUUCGAUACUGGAUGUGGGAUUCUCCUGUACGAUUUGCGAAAUAGGUGUGAAUUUAUUGCGAGUACAUACGAACGCAGGCUUGACUGAUGAAGAAGUCAUGGGACAGAUUAAAGUCUUCUGCAUGCUCCAGCUUAGUGCAGAAGUCUGCGAUGGAGUCAAUCGAGUUUUUGCGCCGGAAGUAAUCUACAUCCUGAAACGAGUGAAGACGACUUCGAGUCAAAUCUGUGGAAUGAUAAUGGGUGACGCAUGUAAUUACGUGGAUAAUCCGUCACACGAUUGGAAAAUUUCUCUUCCUCCGAUUAAAAAGCCGCUCCAAGCCUCGGAGAUGGCGAAACCCGAGGUAAAGACUCUGAAGGUGCUGCACAUUUCAGACACUCAUUACGAUCCACUCUACGAGGAAGGGGCCAAUGCAGACUGCGGUGAUCCCCUCUGCUGUAGAGCCAGCAGUGGGCGACCCGCGAGUCCUGGAGCUGGUGCUGGUAAAUGGGGAGAUUACAGAAAGUGUGACACCCCAAAGAGAACCCUCGAUCACAUGCUCCAGCACAUUCAAGAGACUCAUCCAGACAUCGCGUACAUCAUCUGGACAGGGGAUCUGCCACCGCACGACUCCUGGAAUCAGACUCGCGAGGAAAAUCUCGACAAUCUCCGAGCCACAGUAGCCGAGAUGACAGAGGCUUUUCCAAAUGUCUCAAUCUUCCCCGCCCUCGGGAAUCACGAGAGUGCACCAGUCAACAGCUUUCCAACUAAGUACGCUCCAUCGGAAUACAAUAUCUUCUGGUUGUACGAUGAAUUGGAUAAGCAGUGGCAACGGUGGUUACCACGCGGUGCAUCUGGUACUGUGAAACGUGGUGCUUUCUACUCGGUUCUCGUCAGACCUGCAUUCAGAAUAAUUUCGGUCAACACGAAUUAUUGCAAUGAUAAAAAUUUCUGGCUGUUGAUUAAUAGUACGGAUCCGGCUGAUGAACUCCAGUGGCUGAUUGAUGAGCUUCAGGGUGCGGAGAACAGAAGCGAGAAGGUACACAUCAUUGGGCACAUGCCACCAGGCACCUCUGAAUGUCUCAAAGUCUGGUCUGCCAAUUAUUACAGGAUCAUCAACAGAUACGAGUCAACAAUAGCCGCCCAAUUCUUCGGUCACACCCACUACGACGAGUUUGAAUUAUUCUACGACAUGAAAAAUAUCACACGUCCAGUGAGUGUUGCGUACGUCGGUCCAUCAGUCUCGCCAUAUGAGAAUCUCAAUCCUGGAUACAGAAUAUAUUACAUCGACGAUGAUGAGGCAUCACCAACGAGGCAGGUAGUCGAUCAUGAGACCUGGAUCAUGAAUCUCGACGAUGCUAAUUUCCAUGAUUCACCAACCUGGUAUAGAUUGUACAGCGCCAGGGAUGCCUACGAGAUGUCUUCCCUGCGUCCUGAUGACUGGAACUCCCUCAUCAACAGGAUGAUCGAUGAUGCAGAUCUUUUCUACGUUUAUUACAAACACUACCACAAAAAUUCCCCUGUCAGACCGCGAUGCGACACCAAAUGCAAAAAACGAUUGCUCUGCGAUUUGCGAAAUGGUCGAAGUCGAGACAGAGAUUUAUUCUGUCGAACUAUCAACCAGAGAAUCGAUAGCCAGUAUUUUUUCAAUUGGCGCAACUUAUUCCGCAUUUAAUCUAGUUCCACCUAUAGAAAUUCUUAGUGAUAACUCAGUGAAGUUUUCAAUUGAAAUAACAAUUCCUUCCUAAUUUUUAAACAAUUGCUGCAAUCAAAGACAAUUCAAUUUUUUAAUUCUAUAAUCGACAGUUCGAUUCUCGACAAGACUGAAAAAUUCGAUUCAUCUCAAUUUAUCAUUUUGAAUGUUGAUUUAUUUUCUACAAAAUACUGAAUAAUCAAAUAAAUAUUUUUUUUUUC